CUGCUGAUAAGCUUGAGGCGUGCUUUAUCGUCGUCUUCAGUUCGUACAAUCUCGCACCUCCUGUCCGGCCCUAACUUCUCAUUGCAUGUGUUGAAGCAAAGAUCGGAAGAACUUGCAGUAAUAAACAUGCGAAAUCCCAUCUACCUCGUACUAUUUAUUUCCUCUCUCACACAUUUUACGGUUACGGCGAGUAGUGUUGUUGGUCCUCCAUCAGCUCGUCCAUCUUUGGAAGAACUUGAAGAAAUCAAUCGUCUUCUGAUUUCAAAAGGAAAAACACCUGUAGCCAUAACUGACAUUCUCACCGAUGUUCACAAAGAUAUCCUUCCUCCAUCCGCUCGACCUUCAACUAGCGAUGCUCCUUCACCAUCCACACCAUUACCUGAAUCAACAACAACAAUGACAACAACAACAACCUCUACCUCCAUUACGGAUGAAGCUGAUGGUAUAAUGGAGUUUGAUCCUAUCAAUGAGAUGACGUCAGAAGAAGAAGACCGUUUCCUGAAGAAACUUGGUUUACACCGUUUUCCAAUCAGAGAGUUUGGCUCUAAAACAGUGAAUGCAGAUAAUGAACAUUCAGCUAUUCAUAAUCUAGAUGGCUUCAAUCCGGUUUUACCAGCAUUCGCUUUCAGUUCAGAUGAAAACGAAAUCGAAGUUAUCAAUAAGCCAGAUGACGAUAUUGUCUCCAAAAUCACAAAGGAGCUAAUUGAAGAGAAGAAACAAAAAUAUAGUAACACGAACAAUGACGAAUUCAUUGAAUACGAUCAAGACUAUGAGAUUUUGGAUGUAGAGAAGGUUCCGCAUUCGUUCAAAUCCUCCACCAUGCCCUCAACAACAACAACUGCUACGUCAACCACCCGAAGAACUACUGCUACGUCAUUUUCAACGGUACCAACAAGUAGGCCAACGACAACAGUGCCAACACCAACACCCACUACAACCGUACGAACGACCACUUCUCCAACAACAAGCACUUCCGCUAUAGCCACGAGACCCUCUCAUGAAAUUACUGAGCAGUAUGAUAAAGUGUCCCAAUUCAAGACUGGUACGAAUUACAUUCCUUUGAGACUCGUUUACAACAAGCCUGCAGAAGAAAUCUUUCACCCAACUGCCAAACCUGUAAUUUUGAUUCCAACUCUUCCUCCCAAUAUUGUAACUGCUAAACCUGUUGGCCUAUUAGAUGCUCUACGUUCUAAUCAAAACAAAGAAAAUUCUCCUAAGGAUAGCGAAUGGGAAUCGAAGGCGAAAGAGAUGAGUCUUAUGACGAGAACGACAGGGCUACCCCUGGUUCGUCCUUCUAUUCCAUUUUCCUCGACGUCUAAGCAAGCUGCUCAAACAACAGAAAUUCCAAGAACUUCAAAACUUCCAAACAUCGCAUCUCCAAUGGCCAAUUCAAUAGUUUCAUCCACAACCCAUCUGAUGAUGAAUAAUCAACCACGUUCCUCAAAUCAUCAUCAACUAGGCUUUUCUAAUCAAGUUUUUGGUGAUACAGCUGAUAAAGUUGAGCCGAAGAAAUCAUCUGGCAGAAUGGUCUUCCGUCGUCUUUUCAAAGUUAAGAAAACUAAAGAGCAAGUCCGAGAUAAUGAGGCUCUAACUCAUAAAUUUUCUCCAGUUCCACCUCCUGUCAUUAUUCCUCGCCGCCAUAGAAUAUUCAGUCCUACCUCUUUCAUUUCUUCACCAGAUAACUUACAAUUCUUGAAAGCCAUUCCCCCUUCACCAGCUCAAUCGUUAGCUGAGCUACCAUCGUUUUCAACGAUUACGUCAAAUGAACCAUUCACUGACGAUCUGCAACUGAAUGAGCAAGGGAAGAAGAGAGUUGGAUCUCGUUCUUUCCUCAAAAACGGACAAACAGUGGAAUCUAUUCCAAGAAUAUUAUCGGUUAGACCUGCAGAACAAACUCCUCUACCAUUAAUUUCUAAAAGCUCUCCUCAAAUUGUUCGAACAAAUGAUGUUGAAGCUGCAGAAGAAAACUUCGCCCGCUCACUUCUCAAAUCUAAUGCAGAUCCCAUUCAAAUGGUUGUAGAAGGAUUACGUGAACUCAAGAGGAGGACUAAAAUGAUGCAGCGAGCUAUGAAAGCAAAAGCCGUACGAGCACAUGCUUCACAAGUGUUGAGUAGGACAGCUGGAGUGGAGAGAAUAGACAACGCUACAGAUAAUAACAAAUUGACGUUAAACGAUUUAACGGCCAAUUCUCAAAGACUCGAAAGAAGAGAUCAUGUCAUCUACCGAGACGUUUGA